CGCGACUCGUCAAUGCCCAUCGUCGACGUCGAGCUGAAGCGAGACGUGCCACGGCCGCGCCGCGGCUACGUGAAAUAUGCGCUCACGGCUAUCGCUGCCGUCUUAUUUUUUCACGGCGCCGCGACGUUCGCGCUCCAUCGCCACCUGCACGACCAGGGCCACGGCCGCCACCACAGCAUCGAUGGCGAACAAGACCGGCCACCACCACCGGAGGAGGCCGACGCGCCGCCGCCGCUGGAGCACGCCCCGGCCGCGGCGGCCCACGCGGCCGCCGAGCGGCUGAAAGCGAAACCGGACCACAAGCCCGACGGCGGCCGGCCCCAGGCGCCGCCGCCGCGCAAAAAACCACCCGCGAAGACGGCGCGGCCACUUUCCGGCGCGCAAACACCCGCGAAGACGCCGCCGCGCAAAACACCGAACCUGUGGCAGCCGCCGGCGCGCGGCGUGAAGGUACCCCUCGACCCGCCGCCGCGGCCGCCGCUCCCAAAACUGGGCGACGGCGUCGCGCUUUUGCGCGCCGACGCGCCUGAGGUCUACGAUGCCAUCGACGACGCCACCGUGGCGCAACGAGUCCUGCCCUGUGUGGAAUUCAACCAGUGAGUUAGAUUGUGAGCCUCCACGCCAUCAAGCCGAUGCGGCCACGGAAAAAACGUCGCAUCGAUGGCGUGGGGCGCCCGAAAUUUGAUUUCCACACAGGUCCUGCCGCAGUCGUUUUUGAAUAGGGAACGCGCGGCGCAGAUCACGAAAAGGAAAGACUUCUGGCCGGACGAAUCCAUUUUCGUGUCUGUGGCGUCCUACCGCGAUCCUGAAAUUGCGAAAACAGUCGCUAGAGCGUUCGAGCGCGCCGCGGACCCGGACCGCGUGUUCUUUGGUAUCUUCCAGCAAAACGACGAAUCCAAGGACGUCGACGCCGUGCGCGGCCUCGCGCCUCUGAUACAGUGCCCGGGCCACGCGGCGUGUGGUAGAGUGCGCAACGGACAAAUUAGAAUUCAUAGAAUCGCGUGGAAGGACACGCUCGGGCCGACCGUGGCAAGGCACCUCUCCGAAACUUUAUAUGGGAACGAGACUUAUGUUAUUUCUUUCGAUUCGCAUACGAACUUCGCGCACGGCUGGGACGUCAUCGCCAUCGACAUGUUCAAGCGCAUCAAUAAUCCAAGGGCCAUCGUCACGACGUACCCGGCGUCCUAUAGUGCGACGGAGCACUCGGAGCGCUGGAAGGUUUUGGAUGAGAAGGGGCCCUGUGUCGAAUGUCGGAAGGUCGACGACCAAGCUAACGUAGAUGUGCCCGUGCUCUCAUCAAGGCAGAUGUCCAUUUGCAGAACUAGGAGGGUGGCGGUCGGGCGGACGACGUCUUUUAAACAUGACGUUAACUCGAUGCAGCGGCCCCCGAAGCCGACGUUGGUUCCUUUCUUGGCGGCCGGGUUCAAUUUUGCGUCGGGGCGGCGCAUUCUCGAAGUACCUUACGACGCGCACUCGGCGUAUUUGUUCGACGGCGAGGAGACGUCGCUCGCGGUCCGGGCGUGGACGCACGGCUACGACUUCUACCAUCCAGAUAGAGAUAUUGUAUCGCACCUCUACAUCCCGAACAGGUCGCCGCUGCGCCCCGUUUUUUGGACCCAGGACUGGGGCCAGCGGGCGCGGGUCCAGUUCUGGACGAUGCUGCGCAUCAAUUAUUUGUUGGGGCUGCACGACCUGUUGGACUACUGGGUGAACGCGACGCUGCUGGACACGCGCGACGCCACGAUCUACGGCCUCGGCACGCGCCGCCGCGCCGUGGACUAUUGGUCUUACGUGGGCGUCACACCCGAUCGGGACGGCGUCGAGUGGUCGCCGGGGCGCUGCAAGGUCUUCUCGACGACGGGGCUGCCCGCGUUUCCCGUCGACGCGCCGGGCUCGCACAACGACUAUUCAAAAUACGCCGAGAGCUUUCCGUCCGAGGCGAUGGCCGAGGCGACGGUCGACGCCAACUACGCGAGGCAGUUUCUCUAGUUUUAACUAAUGUGUUGUGU